GGCUGCCAUGCAGCUGCCUCUCGCUGCGCCCCGGUGAGAGAGCCAAGGGGGCCGGGGGGGCCCUGCCAGGACCUCCUUCUCCGCCCGCGCAGGAGCUUCGCCGUCGAUGGAGCCGCUGUCCGGAGGAUCCGCCGCCGUCUCCACUCAGCUGGGAGCUGCCCCGGGGCGGGACUGUGGCUCCUCCUCCUCUUCCUCUUCCUCCUCGUCUUCUUCGUCGCCGCACUCGAAGCCGGAGCUGGUCCAGCCCUACUCUGCUUCUUCUUCUUCCUCUUCCUCUUCUUCCUCGCCCUUGAAGCCCAACCAGGUGGGGGAGACGUCCCUGUACGGGGUGCCCAUCGUGUCGCUGGUGAUCGACGGGCAGGAGCGCCUCUGCCUGGCGCAGAUCUCCAACACGCUGCUCAAGAGCUACAGCUACAAUGAGAUCCACAACCGUCGCGUGGCGCUGGGCAUCACGUGCGUGCAGUGCACCCCGGUGCAGCUGGAGAUCCUUCGGCGGGCGGGGGCCAUGCCCAUCUCCUCGCGGCGGUGCGGCAUGAUCACCAAGCGCGAGGCCGAGCGGCUCUGCAAGUCCUUCCUGGGCGAGCACCGCCCGCCCAAGCUGCCGGAGAACUUCGCCUUCGACGUGGCCCACGAGUGCGCCUGGGGCUCGCGGGGCAGCUUCAUCCCGGCCCGCUACAACAGCUCCCGCGCCAAGUGCAUCAAGUGCGGCUACUGCAGCCUCUACUUCAGCCCCAACAAGUUCAUCUUCCACUCGCACCGCCUCCCCGACGCCAAGUACACGCAGCCCGACGCGGCCAACUUCAACUCCUGGCGGAGGCACCUGCGGCUCAGCGACAAGGGCGCCGACGACGAGCUCAGCCACGCCUGGGAGGACGUCAAGGCCAUGUUCAACGGCGGGACGCGCAAGCGCACCUUCUCCCUGCACGGCGGCGGCGGGGGCUCCUCCUCCCUCUCCAAGGGCAGCCCCGCGUCCUCCUCCUCUUCCUCCUCCGCCUCUUCCUCCGACCUCCCUCCGGUCAGUAAGGCCCUCCGCUGCGGCCCCGAGCAGCCCGCCUUGGCCUUGUCCGCCCCGCACGGAGCCGGCCCCUCGCCCAGCGCGGUGCGCAGCUACCCCGUCAUCCCGGUGCCCAGCAAAGGCUUCGGCCUGCUCCAGAAGCUGCCCCCGCCGCUCUUCCCGCCCCCUUACGCCUUCCCCGCCUUCGGACUUUGCCCCAAGAAGCAAGACGACGCCUUGGGAGGGAACGGAGGGGGAAACGGAGCGGAGCCCGGCAAAGCGCUGCCUCCGGGGAUGUUUUGGGGGCCUCCGCAGCAGCAGCAGCCGCCCCUGCAGCCCCCCAAAGAGAGUAACAACGGGGGAGGCGGAGGAGGAGGGGUCUACCCGCCCUUCCCGAUGUUCUGGCCCGCUUCGGGGAGCCUCCCGGUGCCGCCCUACCCGCAGCAACAGAGCCAAGCCAAGGCCGCCGCUGCUACUGCUGUUGUGGUGGCGGCGGCGGCGGCGGCGGCGGCGGCAGCGGCGGAGCCUUUGGGGUUGAGGGGAGGGCAAUUGCCGCCUCAUAUGGGAGCGGAUCCCCCCUCAGGAGGAGAAGGAAGAGGAGGGGGAGGAGGCACCCCGCACGAGGCCUCGGCGCCCGAAGGAGAGCGCUGCCCCAGCGCCAACGCCGCCGCCGAGAGCGAGGAACGCGGGGCCACCGUCUCCGUCGAGGAGGCCCUGCUCCUGCCCCUUCCACUCCCGCGCAAAGGGAGCUACCUCUCCGCCUUCCGCCCCGUCGUGAAGGACGCCGAGAGCAUCGCCAAGCUCUACGGGAGCGCCCGGGAGGCCUACGGAGGAGGAGGAGGAGGAGGACACAACGGGGGAGGAGGGCCGCCCCCGCGGGGAUACCUCUCGCCUGACUUCCUCAGCGAGGAAGGCAGCGCCAGCUAUCGCUCCCUCUCGCCGGGCAACGAGGCCCUGGACCCGGAGGAGGAGGAGGAGGAAGAGGAUGAAGAGGAGCCCGACGUGGACGUGGAAGGGCAUCGCUUCGCCGAGGAAGAGGAGGAAGGCGAGGAGCGGGAGCAGGACGGAGAGGCCCCGGAGGAAGAGCGGAGGGAGGAGAGGGAGCCCACCCCCACGCCAGCCCAGCCCCCCGAGGAAAAGGGCGCCGCUGCUGCUUCUGCAGAGCCCGACGGGAAGGCCAUCGCCGUCGUCGAAGAAGGGAGGCAGAGUCGCGGAGGCUACGAGCAAGUGUUCCCACCCCAAACCCGUGAAGACCCUCCUCCGGCCCUCAAAGCCAGCCUUGCCUUGCCUUCUGGACCCGGUGCCGCCUACCUCCGCAGUCCCGACAGGAACGGUGAGGAGUCGCUCAGCAUCGACGUCAUCGCCGGGACCCAGCUGGGCGAGAAAGACUUCGGGAACAUGGCCAGAGAUGAGUUGCAAAAACUCCUCCUGGAGCAGAUGGAACUCAGGAAGAAACUGGAGCGGGAAUUCCAAAGCCUCAAAGACAACUUCCAAGACCAGAUGAAGCGGGAGCUGGCCUACCGGGAAGAGAUGGUGCAGCAGCUGCAGAUCGUGAGGGAUACGCUGUGCAAUGAACUGGACCAAGAGCGGAAGGCCCGCUAUGCCAUUCAACAGAAGCUAAAAGAGGCACAUGAUGCACUGCACCACUUCUCCUGCAAGAUGCUGACCCCACGGCACUGCACCGGGACCUGCUCCUUCAAGCCCCCGCUGCUGCCCCAGUGAAUGGAAGGCCCCCAUCAGACUGACAUUUCCCCCUCUAAACGCCCGCCAGACCCACCUGAACAGGAGGAGGAGGAGGAAAAGAACCUUGUAAAUAAGCCAAACCAAGGGGGGAAUCCAGAGUGAGACCUCUCCCCCUCAUUCCCGGAGCUGUGUAAAUAAAGACAAAGGACCCUUUGGACUGGAAAUGGGGGCUCCGGGGGUCCUGAGUGGCGAUGUGCAAUGGAUAUAGAACCGUACUGUGAGUCCCCCCUCUUCUUAUUCCUUUUGGUUUCUUUCAAUUUGGUUAUUUAUUUAUUUAUUUAUUUAUUUAUUUAUGGAAGGUUUUCUUUCUUCUGUAUAUUUAUUGGCCCCACUCCUUCCUUGUAAACUGUGGAUGUCGAACAGCACUUUAAAACGGGAAAGAAGAGCCGCUUUCCCGGAGCAAGACCCUCGAAGGGGGCAAAGGAGCUCCCUUAAGGUGAAAGAACAGUCCAUCCCCUCCAUCCAUCCAUCCCUCCCUUCACCUUUGUGGUCGUUGUUCCUGGAGAAAAAAAAAAACCUCCUUCUGUCAAGUGACUGACCUCCUCGUUUGGUUUUCCUGGUUUUUCUUUCCAAUUCGUUCUUAUUUAAUAAAAAGCCGACUUUUAAACAAAA